UAAAUCUCGGAAGUAUUGUUAAGAGGUCUAUUUAAAAUACACGCUUUAAUAGUUAAAACUUACAGGACAGGAGAAGGCAAUGGUUAAGGGAACAUUGUUCACAUCAAGUCACUGCGAGGCAUUGAUUUUUCAUCGACUUAUUGCAGACCGGUACCAAUUCAUGAAUAUUUAACAGUUUUUAUGGAAUUCUAUAUAAUAAAAGGAUAAACCUUUUUGCCGCGCCUUUCACCAAUGCAACUCUGGAAUUCUUUUCUUUAAUAUAUAUUUAUAUAUAUAAUGACAUAAGAGACGGCGGCAUUUUUUUAUAUUUUUUUCUAUGCUAUAAUCUUUUCAAUGAAAUUUGAAAUCACUUAUAAGGAGAGUAUUAAAUGUGAAAGACAAAACCGAAAAUACGCGCAAUAAGGAAAAAUAUAAAAUUUAGGAUAUCAUUUCUGGGGAAAAAUAAGGUUGUUUUUGUGUGAUAGAAGAAGCAUCUUUCAUGAAACAAUGCCGAGAUCUUUCAUGGUGAGACAUAAAAAAUGUCGACGUUGUCAAAGUGUAACGGAACGAAAAUAUCCGGACUGCAUGCCGCAGAUAGGAUAUCCGUUUAAUCUUGGGAAGUCGGUUUUUGAAGAGAACGUAGACAUUGACAUUUUCCCGCCAGAAUGGCCAAAAUCCAUGAACUACUUUGAAACGUCCCUGCCAGAUAAAGAACAACCGCUUCCUGAGCAAAAUAACAACACUUUAAAGUAUGGCAAUUAUCUACAGGCAGACAGUUACAUGUCUCACUAUUCGUUUUGUUCUGGCUACGCCAUGACUGAAAACAUGGAUAACCGCGCAGACUCCCCUCUUGAUUUGAAAACUAUCCCCGAGAACCCAACAAGAAAUAACACAACAAGAAAUGACGCAACAAGAAAUGACCCAACAAGAAAUAACCAACUAUCACCAAGUGAAAUAUGCGAGAAGCAAAUAAUUACUAUGGAUAGAUAUAAAGACUACUCACAGACAAUGAGCAGGGAACCGGAAGGACAAUCCAUCAAGAAUUUACACAGCACAGCCAGAAACUUCACGCAGAUGUAUUUAAAUGGAAAUUACACAAAUAAAACUCUUUACGAUAACACCGGCAAGAUAUUUCGGUGUCACGAGUGCGGAAAAACAUUCAAGCGGUCGUCGACACUGAACACGCACCUUUUGAUUCACAGUGAUACAAGACCCUAUCCCUGUGGGUUUUGCGGGAAAAGAUUUCACCAGAAAUCAGAUAUGAAGAAACAUACAUAUAUACAUACUGGUGAGAAACCACAUCGGUGUACAGUAUGCGAUAAAAGAUUUAGUCAGUCCUCCAACCUGAUCACUCAUAGCCGCAAACACACGGGAUAUACACCUUUCAACUGCGACAAGUGUGGCAGAACUUUUCAACGAAAACUUGAGCUAAGAAAACACCGUGAGUCGGGAAGAUGUUGAAGACAUCGUGUGUCUGGUAGAUGCUGAAGAAAAAAAACACCUAAAAAGUGACAUAGUGGAAUCUUGCUCAUAGAUUCAAUUAAGAUAAAAGUAUAUAAACACUGGACAGAGCAUAUAUGUUAAAGUAAAGGAAUAGCAAAAAAGUCCAAGAUCUAUGAUAGAUAUUACUGAACAGCAAUUAACAAUACGAACAUAUCCGCUUGUCUCUCAUACUUUACAUCACGUUCUCUUAUGUAUUCCAUAAUACUGACAUAUACGCCAUAUUUUUACUAUUUAACUCAGUGCAAUACUGAACAACCGACAUGUGUACGGUUUGGUUACUUUCUUAACAUUUUAAAUGUUUAAUAUCUCUUCAAAAAAUUGUAUCCGUUUACAUGUGUAAAAAAGAGGCAAUUUGGAUCCAACAAAAACUAACAUGAAUUAGAAUAUACGAAUACAUUUAAAUUUGAAAAACGAAUUUUCUUACCCGGCAAUGUCAGUCAUAAACAGAUUGUCAUUCAAAAUAAGUCUCUAAACAGCUCCCUGUGAAUAGUUUUAACAUACUAGUGUUAAAGGAAGUUAAAUGCUAUGUACUAAGUUAUUAAAUUCAUGAAAGGUGUAAAAUGAUUACUGACGAAAUCUCAGAGACAUUUCAAAGAGAAUGUAACGGCGUAUUUUGCAUUUUAGAAUAUUCAUCUGACGUCAUGAUUGCGUUGACAUUUUGGAACCAUUCGCUCUAAUUUCAGAAUCAUGAUUUAUACGCACUUUAGAAUAACUGUAUCAAAUUUCUAUAAGAGAUGAAAUAAAACAUUUGUUAUUGCUCCACUCCCCCUGUAAAUGUGUUAUAUUGUUUAAACAUAAGUAUAAAAUGUUUAGAAAACUAUGAAUCUUUUAUGAUCCGAAAAAGGCGGCAAACAGACGUAUGAUUAAGGUGUACUCAAAAAUGUCUGCAAGUAAAAGGAAUAAAUAUAUUUUAUCAUAUUACAGACAUACGUGUGGUGAUGGAAGACAUUAAAGUUUCACUGUUUCCUGUAUGUUUAAACAUUACAAAAUCCAAUUGUCCGAUCUUAAUAGCUACAUCCCCCUUAAAAUGUAUAAAUGAUUAAUGCAGCUCUAGUGUGAGAACAGGCUAUUGAAAACGCGUUUUUGACGGCCUGUUUAAGAUUGAGGUCGAGAUUUAAAAGGUUUUCACCCUCUCCGUGAUUUUUACGACAGGCGCGCGAAACUCCAUUACAGUAAUUCUUGAUUUCUGUUCAUGCUAAUUUCAAUCACUCCAGGGAUAAUCACUGUCCGAAAGCCGUUCCUCGAUACGCAUUUUGAAGUGAGGACGAGUUCAGAUUGCAAUAUUGUCUGUUGUAAUAAAAUACGGACAAAUAUUGUAACAAAAACCAAGUAAAACAAUUUCCUUUUAGUAUUUAGACCAUAAAUAUUGAAAAUACUGUUGUCAUGUAUACGAGUUAAAUUCACAUAAUGUGCGCAAAAAGCCGUCAUAAUUUCUUCUUCAUUUUAUGUACUAUUUUAACAUUUGCAGCAAUAAUUAAAUAAUAUGAAUUUAAGUACACUUUCAUUGUUUAAGGAACAUCGGGUAUUCAUAGCAUGACUGUACUAUAUGACGUUAGAUACAGGAUAAAUUAAAACCUUGCAUUGUUUGUGGUUACACAGUUGCAGGUUUAUUGUUUUUUAUGCCCUCAGAGAUCCCUUCUGUACGUAUGUCAAACAGUUAUCCCGAAACAAUUAGUGAGACAGUAUUUGAGUUGCAUUCAUGCAUGGUUCCUGAAGUUUAGAAUUUAUGACACUGCAAAAAUACGUGAAAUACGUGUCUGUAAAUCAGAAUUUUUGUCAAAAUAUAUUCACUUCUCCGUUAAAGAAUACAAAACAAUAGAGCUUUAAACAUUCAUCAACGUUAUCAUCUAAGCAUAACUCUACCACUUACAGCAAGAGUUACGACAUGCUUAACAAAACAUAAUGUCCCGGCUUUUCAA